UUUAAGUAGUUACGAAAUAUUUUAGAAAGUAUUUUUUUUAUUCAAGUAUCGCUAUUAUUAUAUAAUACCGCAAUUAUUUCAUAUAUGUAUAUAUUAAACAGUGCAUAUUUCUAUAGUCAAAGAUACUUCUAUAGUCAAAGUAGUAUAUGCUGUAACUGUACUAUUAUGCUAUUGAUAAUAUAUUGACAGACUGCUACUGCAUAUUAUAACAUGACAGUGCACUUGACAGUUAUACGCAUUUAGCGUCUUUCCGAUCGGUUAUUUCAGAGUUGAUUCAUCAAUAUAUAUAUAUAAUAAAUAUUACAUAAAAAAUAAUAAUUAAAGAAAUAAUAAUUUGAUACAAUGAUGCGAUAUAAACAUGUGUUAUAAAAACAAAAUUGACACAUAUCACUUUAUUAAAUGACUCAAUAGAAUUUAAAUUGACGAUUAUUAAUACUUAAUAUAUGCGAUAAUAAUGUACUUAAUCGAACGCAUAGUAAUUAAUUUCGCAGGAAAUGAUUUUAGAAUAUAAAUGAAAAUGCUAAACAUGCUGAAUGUGUAUAUACAAGGUCAUAAAAUCGUCAGUCUGUUAGCAACAGUGAAUACGUAGGAUGCUUUCUGCAAAGAUAUUACACUCAAUCAUUUUAUUAAUUAAUCUUUGUCUUAGAUAUUUCUUUUCUUAUAUAUAAAUCUAAAUAUGUUUUCCAUUGCAUACAAUGUAUGGCCCAUAUUAGAAGAGACUAUAGUUGAAUAUAUCGACGUGGAUUUUACAUUGUGGCUGUCAUGGCUCUUAAUGCCACUUCUCAUAACAUUUCUGCUCCCGCUUGUGAUUGUGCUACUAUUGUAUUCAACUUCCAUAAUAUUAUAUAUCUACAAGUUACACAGAGUUAGACUAAGAAAUGCUUAUGGCACUGCAUGGCAAAAUGCAGCACGUUAUAUGGUUGCAGCUCUCUGGGAUGCACAUGGUUGGAUUUGGCAUGGAUAUGAAAUUGUGGGCUUAGAAAAUAUCCCACAAGAUAAACCAGUAUUGUUUAUAUAUUACCAUGGAGCUAUUCCAAUCGAUUUGUAUUAUUUCACAUCCAAAGUGUUUUUAUUUAAUUCAAAACUAGUCCAUACAGUAGCAGAUCGAUUUCUUUUUAAAUUUCCUGGAUGGUCGAUCAUUUCUGAUGUUCUAAAAGUGAUACCUGGUACAAUUCAAACAUGUUCUGCUAUCUUAAAAGAGGGUAACAUGCUCUCUAUCUCUCCGGGUGGAGUAUAUGAAGCUCAGUUUGGGGAUUCUUAUUAUGAACUUAUGUGGAAAAAAAGAACAGGUUUUGCAAAGGUUGCCUUAGAUGCAAAAGUGAGUAUAAUUCCUUUCUUUACGAGAAAUAUCAGAGAAGCAUUUAGAACAGUAAGUUGGGGAAGAAGAAUGUGGUUGAGGAUAUAUACUUGGACAAAAUUUCCUUUUGCACCGGUCUAUGGUGGCUUUCCAGUAAAAUUGGUAACAUAUGUGGGUAAGCCUAUUCCAUACGAUGGAAAUCUUACACCUGAAGAGUUGCAGCUAAAGGUUGCUAAUGCUCUUAGAAAUUUAAUAAAAGAACAUCAAAUAAUACCUGGUAACAUAACACGGGCUUUAAUAGAAAGAAUACGUAAUAGAUAGAAAGAUUAAUAAUCUCUCUUCUUUCAUGUACUUAACAAUUAAUGAAGUACAAUUCUCAGUAUUUUUUAGAAUUUAUUUUAAUUUAAUUGAUUAUUUUUUUUUUAGAUGUUGACAUUAAAAGAUAAAUGUAGUAAAUUUAAAAAAUGGAGGAAUACAUUUGAUACAAGUUUUUUCUACAUUUAUAUUUGAUUUUAUAUUUGUAUUUGAAUACAUAGUUGUUUAUUAUAAUUUAUAAUAAUAUAGUUAUAAUUUUUAUAUAUGUAUACAUGCGCGAGGAAACAGGAAUGCCUUAAUACAAAUUUAAGCACAUAUUUCCAUGUAUAUUUCACGAUAUGCCUAAAUUCAUGUAUUAAGAUAUUUGUUUCUAUAUAAUUUAAUAUACAUACAAUGUAAAAUAAUUCCCUGUGUAUUGUGUUAAAUAUGAAAGCAAAUGUGAUUAUUUACUA